AUGGAUAAUAAUAAUUCAAUAUUUUGCUGUUGCGGUAAAAAAUGUAAAAAUAAAGGAGGUCUCAAAUUACACCAACGUUCAUGUAAAGUUCACCAAAACCUUAAAUCGUCAAACAAUUCAAAUGAAAGCAACUCGGAAGCUGACCCGCCUCCACCACCACCACAAGUUCAACGUCAGUCCAACCAGCUUCAACCAAGCCACAGUCUACCGCCAUCGCCUUCAGCUUCAGCACUCAAUCAUUAUCUCCAUUCGUCAAAUGCGCCAGUCGAAGACAACAACAGAGCAAGCUCACCAUCAUCAUCGACACAGGUUCAACAACCAUUCCAACAGCCGAGCCAUGGUCCACAGUCAGCGUCAUCAGCACCCAACAUCAAUUUUAUUGCUUGUUGCUGCGGUAAAUACUGUAAAGGCAGGAAAGGCCUCAUCAUGCACCAUCGCUCGUGUAAACUUCAUAAAACUCUCAUAUUAUCUAAUACUUCCAAAGUAACUGAAUCAUCCAUAUCGCCGCACGUCCAACAACCAGUAUCCUCGUCACCAUCAAAUGUUGAAAAAACUGAAAUACCUCUCCCAGGGGUCAAACUGCCCAGAACCCCUGCUCAAUGGUCAGAAGCCAAUGCAUAUUUUCAACUUCACCAAAAGUCGCUACCAGCGUACUACAACAUCGACGAGUUUACAUUAGCGUUUCAAACAAUGAUCUACAACUACUUUGCUGCAAACUAUGGUACCAUCAAGUCGCAAACAAGUUUAAACGACAACAAAAAUAAAUCCAUUAAAACAUUGAAAAAAGAAUUAAAACAGCUUAAAUCGUUGGGCCACAACAACCACCGUUUUGACGUUCAAAUUAGCUCAAUAAGCAAAACAUUGAGAUCAAAAUUAUCGUCAAGAAAAUUAGCAACAACUAAGACACCUGACACAACAAAUCAAUUAAAACGUCGCUUUUGGUGGUUCUGUAAAAGGUUAUUUACCCAAUCAAAAAGUCAAGGUCCGUUGUUCAGUGUCGACGACUGCAAAAACUAUUUUUCCUCCGCCUUAAGCGACGACAAUUCCAAAAAAUAUCAACUCCCAAAUUGGGUUCCUAGUACAUCAAAGCCCACAACACCCUGCAACACCAGUCCGCCUUCUUAUCAUGAAAUAUCAUCAAUUGUUUACAAAUGCAAAGCAAAAUCUUCUCCGUGUCCCUUGGACCAAAUAUCAAUAAUACCUUUCAAAAGAUGCCCAAUUCUUCGAACCAUUCUACAACAACUAAUAGCUCAAUAUUCUUUCAACGAUGUAUUGAUAGAGACAGUUAUAAAGCUAUUGUAUGGCAUAUAUUGUGACAGAAGCAAUUUGUGA